AUGGACUCCUGUCUCGAAAAGGAAAAUACAGAUACAACCUCGUCUCUGUAUCAGGAACAGUCACCACAUGAAAGUCCGGUGGCCCUUGGUGGAUAUGUUGUUGACAAUGCAAGAGAGUCAUUUGAAGAGUUGAACUCAUCUAAAGAACAGUCAGAGCUGGGUGUGCUGUAUGGUGAACCUCUGUCAAGAGAAGACUCCUCAUGUAACAGCGAUGAAGCAAAUCUUGACACAAGUCAAUGUGAAGAAACAUCUUUGGCCAGACCUGACAGUGACAGUAUGAACCAUUCAAAAAGUCAAGCACGUCCACUAAAAUCCUCUAUACAAAUGAGAAAACGUCUGCAGCCUGUUGUAAUAAUGGAGACCACAGAGCCAGCAAAUACAAUGAGUAACUCAUAUCACUGCGCAAGUUGCCAACACACAACACUCAGUGUAGAAAAUCUAAUUGAACACCACCAUUGUUGCCAUUCAGUGCACAAUUUCCAUUUUUGCCAGACUUGUAAUCUCUACCUGAUGGGUAUUGAACAAGCAGAGGGGCAUGUGUGUGGUGUAAUCAAAGAAAGGCCUCAGCUUUCUUGGGAACCUAGCUUACAGAAGAAAAGAAAACACCACGGCCGUCACAGGUGCAUGAAGUGUGGACUCACAUUUCCAAAACUGGUUCAGCAUGUCAGGCAUAUGCGGAGUCACACUGGCAAAACACCCUAUAAGUGUAAUGCAUGUGGAUUAUAUUUUUCACAGAAUUGUUCCCUGCAUAGACACAAACGCAUUCCUGGUAGAUGCAAGCACUCAAAACUCAAAAGUCCAGAAACAAAUUCUGAUGAUGUUAUCAGUGAAAAUAAACCGUCACCAAAAAAGGACUUGUUGCAGAAGAGACAGCAUGCCAAUCUGCCUGAAUGUUACGUUAAGCUUGUUGAUGUCUCCAAAACUAAUCUUUGUAGUUUUUGUGGUAAAAGCUUCCUAACUGCAAAGAAGGCCAAAAAGCACAUCUACAACAUACACAAGGGAAUGAGUUCAACAUUUUCAACAAGUCAGUGUGCAACAAAAAUCAAUGGUGAGAAAACUGAAAAAGUAGAGAAAGAGACAAGUAAAUAUAAAUGUCCUCUUUGUCCACGGCUUUUCAAGUACUCCUACAACAGGGCUCGACAUUUGCGUGACUGUGUCAGAGAUGCAAUAUAUGGAGGCAAGAAUAAAGUUGACAAUAAAUAUCAGUGUCCGUUGUGCUACGCCACCUUCACAUUACCAUCAAACAGAUUUAGACAUAUUAAGACCUCUUGCCUCAAAGACUGCCUUAAUCGGCUUGCAAAAGAAAAGGCAAAAUCAAGGAAAAAUGCUAGACAGAAAAAAACACCGGAAAUUGAUCAGGAAAAUCAGGCAAAGGAGGUGGAGCUGAAAAAACAGUCAAAGGAAAAGGAACAGAAAAUACAAGAAUCCCCAUCUUUAACAACACCGAAGACUAGACAACUUUACAAAUGCAAUCUCUGUCCAGCGGUUUUUUGUCAUGCUUCUGGAAAGUAUAGACAUAUGAAGAAACAUGAGUUGUUUAAACUCACUGGCAAAAUGUUCAAGUACAGGAAUUCAGUUUUCUCUACCAUGUCUAAACUAACAACCACUAGUGCAGUGACAGAAGAGAGUAAGGAUAACGUGAAAUCCACUGAAGCAAAGAGCAAUUUAUCCCUGAGCUGUCAUUUUUGUGGAAAAUGUUUCGGCACUUCACAGUCACUGAAGAAACAUGAACGCAAUCACAGAGGUGAAAGACCAUACCGCUGCCUGGACUGUGGAAAAGGAUUUAAGAAACGUGCCCACCUGGUUGGCCAUAAAAUUAUUCACCAGAGGAGGAUACAGUGCACAGUUUGCAGAAAGGUUCUCCCAAAUAUUGGAGAACUCAUCCAGCACAGAAACACGCAUCAAACAAGAGGAAAGCUUCAAUGCCCAGACUGUCCUUUGCAGUUUCAGUAUCCUGCAUAUCUCCUUAGACAUCUAGACGGCCACAAAAAGAGAGCGAACAAGACCCUUCAUUCUGAAGAGGGACCACCAUUAAAACAACAGAAGUCAUUGGAGUCUGUGAAAGAGCAGACUGAACCAAAACAGCUGCAGUGUUCCUUAUGCAAAGAAGUAUUUAAUGAUGCCCAGUUGCUAAGAAGACAUUGUCUUACACACAUAUCCUCCUCAUGCCAGUGUCCAUUUUGCAAACAUAAUUUCACUACCCGCCGCUAUUUGCUGCGCCACAUGAUCAAACAUACUGGAGACAAACCUUUUUCCUGCACUUACUGUGGAAAACAGUUUUACCGUGAUUUGUACCUCAGACUUCACCAUGAGAAGUGUUUGCCGAGGCAAGUCAGACAUCUUGUCACAGUGGAAUCAGGCACUAAGACAAAGAGACCAUAUAAUUGUACUUAUUGUUCACGGGCCUUUUCAAAGAAAGAUCGCCUGAAAAGUCAUCACCGUGGUCACAAGUCAAACACUCUGCUCCUUUGCUCAAGAUGUGGGCAGUACUAUGGAUUUAGGAAAUUAAAUCAACAUCAGCAGAACUGCGUAGGGACAUUAGAGCCCAACACUGUGUCAUCAUCCUCUAAAAGUGAUUUCAGUAAAAGUACUUCACAGAAAACUCAGAAUAUCCGUAAAAUGCCUUCACAGUCUAAUGCAGCCAAGAUGUUUCACUUUAAAUGCCCUCACUGUCCACAGAGGUUCAGGUUCAGAUCAGUACUUUUGAGACAUUCUGUUUCACAUACUGGUGUUCAACCUUAUGCAUGUAUGCAUUGUGGCCACAGAUAUAGCAGUCAGACAAUGUGUUUGCAGCAUGAAGCUUUCUGUAAUGGUGUUUACAAAGAGGGACAGUCAAAAGUCAAAAAUGAUGCUGCAACAGAAUUGUCAAGCAUGCCUAAUCUCAGAGAGGCAGCACAGAAGCCCCAAGCAAAGGGUGAAGUUGAGUACAAAUGCAAAUUCUGCACUAAGACUUUCAUGAAAACACGAUCACUGAGACGUCACAUUUUGACACAUAACGAGGCAAAGCCAUAUCGUUGUAAAUCUUGUGACAGCUGCUUUACAAGGUACGAUUAUCUUAAAGUACAUCAGACCCGGUGUAAAGGGAAAAGAUCACGAUUGGAAGUUUGUAUACCUAAAAUCAGUUUGGAUGAUGUUGGCAAAGGUUGGCAAAAUAAGUUUGGCAGUGAGCCUGUCGACCAGAAGGAGACUUUUGAGUGUAAUGUCUGUACAAGGAACUUUUCAACUCAGUCUAAACUGUCUCGACAUGUCACGAUGUUCCAUAUUGCAAAAUUAUUCAAGUGCUCACGUUGUGGCUCAUCAUUUUCUCAUGAAAAAUCUCUGAAAAAGCAUAGGAAGAUUAACAGGUGCAGAAAGGUCUCCACAGAAACUAAUUCUUCUCUACCACCAGAAACAAAUCCACCAUCAGAAAAUGUGACAACACUGCCUCAUGGGGUGAGAGAUCGAGUUCUACAGAGGGCCCAGCCUCGCUUUAACAAAAAGUACAGAUAUGUUUGUAGUUACUGCCCCCGUGCUUUUGGAAGCCAUUCGCAAUUAGUUGUGCACAUCCGCCUGCACACAGGAGAGAAGCCAUAUUCCUGUGAUUAUUGUGGCGAGAGAUUUAUAAGGAAGGAUUAUGUGCAUCGUCAUUUUGUGAAGUGCACCAAGAAACAAGAGCAAAAAACAGUGCUUUGUGACAGAUGUGGUGGAUUUUUCUCUAAAGUCGAGCUUGAAAAUCACAAAAAAAGUUGCACUUUAAAACCUAACUCGGCCAAAUCAACAGUUUGCCAACAGACAACAUCUCAAAGCCCACCAAAGGGCUUUUCUUGUGCAUACUGUAGUUCCCGUUUUUUGCUAUUUUCACAGCUCCAAGAGCAUUUUUUAAAUGCGCACAAACUUGAAACAAUGAUUCCACCACUGUCUACAGCUCCUCUACAACACCAUCUUUCAAAUAUACCAAGCAUUAAAGAAGAACCUUUGGAUGAGAGAUGUGAUGAACAGUUUAGUGAUGGCGCCAAUGUAAUCUGCAAACUAGAUACAGCCCUUGAUAGUGAGGUUUCCAAACCAUUUGUCUGUCCAGAGUGCAAUGUGUCCUUUGCAAGUAAAGCUGGACUAAUUGGUCAUGUGCGUAUACAUGCAAUGGAUCACCCGUUCAAAUGUAAAACAUGCAAGAAAGGCUUUUGGAAUAAAAGUCUUCUCCGUAAUCACAACAGGAAAUGUAGAUUUGGACAUUUCUCAGCAGGGAGUAACCCCCAGCAGUUGGAAGUCCCUUUGAAAGCAAAGAUUGAUUUUGCGCUGACUGACUCUGUUCUAGUGUUCAACGAAGGUUCAAAAACAACAGGCACUGGGGUUCUACAGACCAACUUCUCUUGCAAAGAUGAUUCGAUGGAUGAAUCCUCACAAAGUUCAGAUGGAAAUCAGGUGCAAAGCAACUCAAGUAGGGAGAAGUACCAAUGCUCAGAAUGUGACAUGAGCUUCACAGAUGGCUUGAUGCUUAUUAGUCACCUUGAAGACCAUGGAAGAAGGGAGCAAGAGAAAAAGCGCAAUACAUGUAUUAAGUGUGGGCGAGUGUGCUCCAGUCAAGGAAAUCUUGAGAAGCACAUGAAGUUGCAUGGUAUUAAUAAGAAAUACUCUUGCCCUGACUGCUCUAAGAUGGUUUACACCGAAACUGAUCUUGAAAUCCACAGAACCUGUCAUGACCCAAAUAGACCCUAUUCUUGCAAAAUGUGUAAUCAUAGGUUCUGGACAAGACAGUCUUUAUGCAAUCAUUACAGUGAAGAACAUCCAAAUGAUGUAUUUACUUGUCGCUUCUGUAACAAGACCUACUCAGUCAAAAAAUCACUGGCAAGACACUACAGAAAAUGGCAUCAAAAAGAGCAGAAGGAUCUUGAGCGUACUGUACAGGAAAAGGGCAGCGCUGAACAGUCCAGCAGUCAAGUCAGUACAGCUGGAGAAAGUAAUGAGGAUGAAAAUAAUAGAAGUGAUGAUAGUGAUUCAGACUCUGCACCAUACUUCCCAUGCCAUGUGUGUGGCAAGACAUUCCCAACAUCAGAAAGCCUCGAGGACCAUCAGCGAUGUCACUUGGGUGAAAAACCACAUGAAUGUGCAGAAUGUGGUAAAUGUUUUUUCCAGGCCUCCCAGUUGCAGCAGCAUCAGCGAAUGCAUAAGUCCGAAUUUCAGUGUCAGACUUGUGGAAGGGGUUUUGUCUCUCUCUUUGCAUUGCGCAAGCAUAAACACACUCAUGGCAAGAGCCGUCCUUAUCGUUGUUCCAAGUGUGACCUCAGCUUCACAGGACUCUCACAGUUAGCAGAACACAUGUCUACCCACCGUGAAGAGAACUUUCCAUGUGACAUAUGCAAUCAUGUGUUUCCCACCAAGAGUAGUAGAGCUGAGCAUCGGAAAAGCCACUCUGUGUCACGUGACCGUUUCCCAACUUUAAUUUCAACAGAAGAACAGUCUGCUUCACUCUUUGAAAGUUCAUCACUAUUCACCAAAGAACUUAAAUAUCGCUGUGGUGUUUGUAGUGAGCGUUUCAAAGACCCAGAAGAGCUCUCAGAGCAUGGGUGCAUGGAGGCCAAAGAGCGACCAUACGCCUGUUCAGACUGCCAUAAACAUUUUCUGCAUUCAUCUCACCUGAAAAAACACAGGACAACCCAUCAGCUAUCAUCAUCUACCAGCGAAUAUCCAUGUAAUCAAUGCAACAGUAGUUUUUCCUCUCCUCACCACUUCCUCAGCCAUCUUAAAGGCCAUAUUAGUGCUGCUGCUGCAGAAGUUAAAGUUAACACAGAAGUUAAAGAUGAAGGACCUUCACAUGGUUUCAUAUGUCCUGUUUGCCACCAGUGUUUCGUCAGUGCAGCUGAACUGAUGCAUCAUUUCCCCAUACAUCCUGACAAUGCAUUAAAAUGCAAAAUUUGUAAAAUGAUAUUUUCCUCUGCAAGCAAGCUUGAAGAACAUGAGCGCUGCCAUCUGACAUCAGGUACUGAAUUAGAAUGCGCCAAGUGUGGCCAGAGCUUUUUGGGAAGUGAAGCUUUCCUCCAGCACCACUGCUCCCGUCAACAGCAUGCCAUAAUGGAGAGUGGAUAUUCAAAGCCAUCAAUCAAGACACCCUCUCCAACUUGUUACCAAGCUGCAGGAGAGGAGGAAGAAAUUGAUGUCAUUGGAGAGGACUUGUACAAUUGCCCUGUUUGCUCAAUGCAAUUCUCCUCAAAAAGUGGCCUGUUGGAGCAUCAAAAUAAACACCACCCACAUGGAAAGCCAUUCAAAUGUGAGCUUUGUGGAAAAACAUUUGCGGUGAGGCGAUAUCUUAGAGAGCAUGAGCGAAGACACCGGCAAAAACUGGCUGCUCAAAACACAGCCAAGUUGGCCGAAAACAAGUUCAAGUGCACUCAGUGCCUCUCUGCGUUCAACACUGCUCAAGAGCUUUCUUUGCAUAUGAGAAUGCAUGCUGAGCAAGAAGUUGGAGAGUACCGCUGUGACAUGUGCUACAAGUCAUUCAGCAAGUGGUCUCUUCUGAAGCAGCAUCAAGAAAGUCAUGUUGGCCAAGUUGUAUAUGAAUGCACAGAAUGUGACAAAGCCUUUGCUUUUCCUCACCUACUGGAGGAGCAUCAGUUGACUCAUGCUGGGUCCUCUCACUAAUGGUUGUUACCUACCAUCUACCUUAUGUUCCCUUUUUUGUUACUAAAGUAACUUGAAAUCCCUUUCAUGCCUUACAUCUGACUGCGUACCUCCACUUGUAAUCACAAUUUAGAUCCAAUUUGUAUUUUUGGCCCUUGUUACAGAAUUACAAAGCUCUUUGCUCAUGUCAUGAUAAAGCAUAUUCUCCCGACUUUCUAUUGAGAUUGUAUAUAUUGUUAGCUCUAGUAAUGGAAUUUGUAUACAAAUAAUUAGCCAGAUAGUUUCUUGAUGGUGUUUAAAUUUAUGACCUCAUACAAAAUUGUUUAAAGCUGUUUAAUAUUCUAUGUGAUGAAUACAGACAAAGCAUGAUGGGAUACGGUCUUUAUAAAACACCUUGAAUAAAGGUUCGAAUAUUUGAUCAAACAUGAUCAUUUUUGAUGUUUGACAUAUUUUGGAAUAGUUUUUAGUCAGCUUUGUUGACGAUAUGUAAAAUAGACUUCAAACUGGUAAUCAUAAAAUCUUUUUUUUUUAUAUUUUACUGUAGAUAAUUUUGUAAUUUUCGGUUAAUCAUUUUUGUGUUUAUUAUGGGUUGUAUUUUUUGAUAUUGAUAAGUAUCUUGUCUGGACAUGUGAAAAAUGUUCUUUUCACAAUAUGAAGAUGUUAAGUUUUCUUAAG